GCGCAGCAGAGCGGAGAUGAGCAGGAGAGACGGUGCCUCCGAGCUGCUCGUCACAUCGGUGCGGUCGGGCAGUCACCCUGCGUCAGGAGAGCGAUAAGCAUCCCGGGAGCCUGCAGGGACGGAGGAGAUGCCGGCCCGAGGCAGCGGCCAGGGAGGGUUUGGCCAUCUGGCAGUGGGGAGGCUCGCAGACCCCGGCCAGCGGGUCUGCACCCACAGGUGCCACUGGGAUGUGACAUACUGGUUCUGGCAACUGAGAUAUUGCUGAAUAGGGGAAGGGCUUGAAGGGGAGAAGACAUUAGUAUCAAAUCUUCCAGAUUUUUAUCGGGCUGCAGACCUGCUCGCAUUCCCUGGGAGAGCGCAAUGCAGAGCCAAAAAAGGGAAAUGACAGAGUUGGGAAGGAAAACAAAGGCCUCCAUGCCCUUCUGCAAGCAAAUGCUGUUUCAGACAGGCACUGCCACCCCUGGCCUCUUCAAAACAAGUUGAAGCAAAAAUCAGGAGAACUGAGGGCUGUAAAUCCUUGGCCUCUCUCCAGCACGUCCACCCCAGGGGCUCGCUGCUGCCUGGCCAAAACCAACCCGUCCUUCCUGGAGCUAAACAGUGGAGAUCUAUUCCAAAAACUGCUAUGAAUAGCCUGGGGGGUGGGGAGCAGGGAGCGUGCAGGGUGGGAGGUGCAGAGCUGGGAGGUGGCCAGGGUGGUGGAGAUAGGACAUUUGCAAUUAAAAGAAAGGUGGCAGCUCAGCAAGCCAGCGUGAUCAGGUCCCCUGGGUGGCUAUACCUGCUUGCCUGCCUUACAAAAAAACCAAGCCUUGAUUGUAGGAGGAAUAUUGAUACCUUGUACAGAGGAAUACAAUUUUACGCUAGUGAUAUACGAAGAAAAGGGGCGGUGGGGGUGCAUGAUCCAAGACAGUUCCCUGUGACUGACCACCAUGCUCCUACCAAGCCCCUCACAGGUGCUCCCAACUAUCGCUCAGGGAGUUUAGAUAACCCAGGUAAAAGCUGUUUCCACGUGGAGACCUGCUAUCUGUGACCUUCGCUUUUCAUUCUAACUAUUUCUUUUCUCCUCCUUCCCGCUCUCUUGCUCAUUUAUAACCUAUAAAAUCACAGUGUGAGAGCAAGAGCCAGUGAGACCUGCCCCACCGGAUCACAGCAACGGCCCCCCACGGCACCCGGUGCCCGUAGGCAAUGCUGUUUGGGGACACACGGGAGCCUGGCCCCUCUCCCGGCCUCACUGCUGUCUCUCCCGGCCGCAGGUUCCCUCCGCCAUGAGGCUGUCCCGGGGGCUCCUCCUGCUCGCGGUGGCCCUGGCGCUGGGGGGGACGGCGGCUGCCCGCUGCCCCGCACCCUGCGUCUGCGACAACCUCCGCGCCCACGUCCUCUGCCUCAAGGGGAACCUGACGGCUGUCCCCGGCACCAUCCCGCAGCUCACCAAAAAACUGGACCUUCGGGGCAACAGCUUCACGGUCGUUCCGGUGGGAACCUUCCUCGCCACACCAUACCUCACGCACUUGGACCUGCAGCGCUGCAAGGUGGAGAAGCUGGAAGAAGGGGCGUUCCGGGGGCUGGGGAGGCUGGUCUACCUCAACCUGGCCUCCAACGGCAUAGCCCUCCUCUACCAGGAGUCCCUGGACGGGCUCUCCUCCCUCCAGCAGCUCAUCCUGGAGGGAAACCGCAUCGAGGAGAUCCAGCCGGGUGCUUUUGGCCACCUGGGGUCCCUCACCGUCCUCGACCUGAGGGCGAACGCCUUGGUCUACCUCCCCGACAUGGUCUUCCAAGGUCUGCAGGCCCUCCGGUGGCUCCGGCUGUCCCACAACACCCUCCACGUGCUGGGCAGCGAGGCCUUUGCCACCCUGCCCGCCCUGCGCAGGCUGAGUCUGGACCACAACGAGCUGCAGGCGCUGCCUGGCGAGGCCCUGGCCAGGCUGGAUGCGGCCACCCGGCUGGACCUGGGCCACAACCCCAUCACCUAUGUGGCCGAGGAAGCCCUGGCCAUGACCUCCCUGAAGCAUCUCUUCUUGGACCACGCUGCCCUCCAGGACGUGGCACCUGAUGCUUUCACCCGCAGCCCCCAGCUGCGCACGCUGGACCUCCGCGAAAACCAGCUGCGGGGGCUGCCGCCCCUGGCCGGGGCCGGGGGUCUGGCGAAGGUCAGCCUGGCCGGGAACCCCCUGCUCUGCUCCUGCCUCCUGCGCCCCUUCCGCGACUGGCUGGCGAGGGCGCGGGUGCAGGUGGAGGGGUCCUGCGCCGCACCCCCCGCCCUCCGUGGCCGGCCCCUCGACUCCCUGCGGCCCCCCGAGAUGAGAUGCGGCCACCCCCAGCCGCCCCCCAGCCCCGCCGCCCCAUCGGAACGGCCGAGGACGGCUGGCGGCCGGCAUUGCCCCCGGGGCUGCGCCUGCUCCCCCGAUUUCCGUCACGGGUCCUGCGAGAACAGGGACCUGCGGGAGAUCCCCCGGGGCUUCCCCGGGGACACCCGUCUCCUCGACCUGCGCCGAAACGCCUUCGGGACGGUGCCGCCGGGCGCCUUCCCCGGCCUGAAGGAGCUGGCGUCCCUCCACCUGCAGAGCUGUGGCAUCAGGGCGCUGCGCCCCGGGGCGCUGCGGGGGCUGGAGAGCCUGGUCUACCUCUACCUCGCCGACAACCUCCUCUCCACCUUGGCGGCAGCCGCCUUCGAGGGGGUCCCACGGCUGGCUUAUCUCGACCUGGACCGCAACGCCUUCGCCCGCCUGCCCGCGGGCGCCUUCGUGCUCCUGCCCAACCUCAUCUCCCUCCACCUGCAGCACAACGCCAUCGGGGAGCUGCUGGAGGGCGACCUGGCCGGGGCCGGGGGGCUGCGCUGGCUCUACCUUGCCGGGAACGCCAUCGGGCACGUUGCCCCCGCUGCUCUGGCUCCUGCCGCGAUGCUGGAGAAGCUGCACCUGGAGGGAAACCGCCUGGUGGAGGUGCCCACGGCUGCCCUGCGGGGCCUGCCCGCCCUGAGCGAGCUGAAGUUGUCCCGAAAUCCCAUCAAGCGCGUGGGGGACGGCGCCUUCCUGCCGGUGGCCUCCAGCCUGCAGCACCUCUACCUGGACAACAUGGGCCUGGAGCGGAUUUCCCCUGGUGCCUUUGCUGGCCUUGGUCCCAAGAUCAGAAGCCUCUACCUGGAGAGCAACAAAAUGAGCAACAUCCCUGACAUGAGCAACUUCACCGGGCUGGAGAUCCUCAACCUGCGGGACGUGCCUUUCCGCUGCGACUGCCAGCUCCUUCCCCUGCGCAGGUGGAUCGAGAAACUCAACCUCCGCGUAGGGGCCACCUGCGGUUCCCCUGCAGAAGCCCGGGGGCUGAAGGUGAAGCUUUCCACCACUUUCCAAACCUGCCCUGGAUGGGGCCGAGGCAAGGCUGGGGGAGGCAGUCCUGACAAGACCAAGGCUGCAAGCAAGCGUAGCAAGACAAAGAGAUCAGGAAAAUCACCAGCCAGAGGCUUCAAGAAGAGCAGAGCUUAGGAAAGGCAUGCAGGACACAACAGGGCUGUACGUACAGUCUGGCAAGAGCAUUUUUUCUGGACUUGUCCCCACUGCGGCGACCUGGAUAUUGCACAAGGUGCAAAGGAAAGAGCCCAGCGCCAUCAGAGCAAUGCCAAUUUGCCAAAGAUGCGGGGUUUGUUUUUGCAGGACACAGAGGCACAUUACCCUGGAAAGAACUGGUGCAAAAAGCUUCUGUAGUGUUUGCAGCAUGCUUUGAGGACUUGAACAACAAAGCUAAAUACUUGCUUUUUCUUCCCAAGGCUCCCUCCAGCCAUGUGGAAAAGUUGGAAUCCACAAGUUUGUUUUUGUUUUUGAGAGCGCUGUGCUUUCACAGCUUCAGAAACAGUCAAAGAGCCCUGAGCAUGACUGCAAACAGCACCAAUACAAGAUCCUGCACUGGCUCAAAUCUUAGAGCAGAAAACUUAAAAGUUAUCAUCAGUGAAAACAUUGCCUGAAUUCCCAGCAGCUCCUCAGAAUUAAAACAUAAGCAGAUCGAAACCUUUCUAUUUCCUGCAAAAUUUGAUCAGUGGUCCAAUCGGUGGAAUGGGAUCACCGAUCCCAUAAGUGAUCCCAUCAUAAGUGAUGCGCCCAACCUAUUCCCCAUGGCAGCCUGGGUUGGGGACCCCCCCCUGCUCGGCCCCAUUUUAAAGUCAGAAGUUUGUUCAAAUUGAGGCAGCUUUAAAAGAUAAACACUUCUAGCCAUUAAACAACUGUGUGGGGCAUGGAACUGUUACAGCAAAGAACAGGAGGAAGAAAGACAAAGGUGUUUAGAAAUUACCAUCCUAUAAAGACAGGCUGCCCUACAAGCCCAGCUGUUUGACAAGGCUGGGGAAAGGUGGCAGCCCAGGAGGGAGGGCAAGAGAGAAACGCAAUGGCUUUGCCAUGAAACGAGAUCCUCCCGUGUUAAGACAUGGAUUGCAAGCUGGUGAUAGGCAGAGCUGCUGGGACAGGCAAGCAGCCCCAGGCAGGUGGGCAGGGAACCCCCAUUAGGUGCCUUCGAUAAAAAUGCCACCCCUGCCCCAUGCUCACCCCAUCCCAGUUUCCCCAGGAGCCCAGGGCCCUGCUGGGGGGUCAGUGAGGGGUGGGCUGAGAUGGCACAGCUCUCCCGCCCCGUUUGACACAGAGACCCUCCACGCUUUUUCCACUUAUGUCUCCUUGCUCCCCCACGGCCCUUUCUUCCCUCUCCAGUUAAAGGCUCCGUUUGCCUCUUUAGACGGGAAAAGAGGAAGACUGCAUUAAUUACUCCCGGUUUCUACCCCGUGUUUUCUAGACAGUUAGCUUGCCAACAUUUUUUUUUUUUUUUCCAUCAUGAACCACUGUGCAAAGCGGGAACUAUUUUGGCAUCACAAGUUCUCGCCUGGAAGCUGAGGGGAACAUGGCCA